CGUCAAUGUCAACAUGAGUACGAGUUGGUGUAGUGUAUUUACUCUAAAUGACUGGUUGCAGGGCGCUGGAGGCAGCUAGCAGGAAGGAUAUAAGUUAGCACAUUGGUAAAGCGGGACACACCGGGGCUAAAGGGAUGGGGGCUUUCUCUUGGCUGUUUAACCGGUUGUAAGAUUAUCAAACGCGAUAGUAUUAAUCAUUCGGUCACGUGGAACAACUCUUUCCAGUCUUCGAUUGCAUUUGUCAGCCGUAAUUUUUACAAAGGGGGUAUUGUCUGCUGCUAUAGAGCUACAAAACAAGCAUAUAGGCUGUAAUACAUUUCUAAUACAUUGCUGUCAAAUGCAUGCUCAAAUUGUUUAAUUAUGUAUUAAUUUCACUCAGAUAAAUGAUAGUGUCAAAAGGUUGCACCACGUGACGUAAUGUUGCCUUUCGACCUGUAAAACAAAUGAUUCACAAUUGUUUAAUCGUGAUUAGGAAUGUAAUGCAAUAAUUAGGGUUAGACCUAAUUCACACAUGUUUAUUAACGGUGUAUGUAGGUGAUUAUCAUCAAUACAUCCUCAUAUUGAGAGAGACAGAGUCCCAAUGGAUGUAGAGGUCAAAGUAAAGCUUUCCACAAUAAGAAACACAAGCAGCGAUCCUCCUUUCUUCCAAAACCAGAUUUCGGGCAGCAUGUUGCCAUGGAGACUGCUUUGUUCUGUCCGUCACUGAAUAUAACAUGCAAAUAAAUAUCAAAAGGCCUAAUGUUCUACGGUCCAAAUUGCAUUAAUCAAUUAAAAGACUAAAAGAAAUGUGCAGAUUAAUCAAAUUAAAGUUUGCAGCCCUAAACCUUUUGUGCCAUGCCUAACGUUUUGUUCCCUUUUCCCUCUGAUUGAGUACUGCAUUCCCAGGGAUUACACGAACGUGCUGGAAUUCAUUUGGUGUUCAUCAUGAUUUAUAAAUGUUGCUUAUAGCACCUUUUAAUGAUAGGAGUGCGAUCCUGACAGAUGGGGCAUGUGUUGCAUCUGCAUUUUUAAUGGGAGCUCACUUUCUGCACUUACUCUUUCAUCCUUUUUUCAGGUAACUAUGAUGUAGUUAAGUUGCAGCUGACGGCAAAGGAAAAGGGCAGCUGGUUGACGGGCCUUACUUUCUAACUAGGGCGCCUGAUCAGCACCCCUCAUUAUUAAUGCCAUCCAAUUUCGGAGCACCUGAACAAGCCCUAUCAGUGUAACCAAUACUCACUUUCAUGAAAAGAUGCCCUGGAUCCGGUGGCUACUUUAUUUCCUCCUUAAGACAUUCACCCCAUCGCGUCUCCCUCGAUAAGGUUACUGCUCCGCAUCUCCCGCCCUGCGAGUUCCUGAGAGGUUCUUGGCUUGGAGAUCUGGAUUUGCUGUGAAUUAUUAACCGGAGCAGUUCAUUUCUUGGUGCCGAUGGGCGUAGCUCAACACCCGCUCGCCGUGUGCCUCACAGAGGAUGCUGGCUCAGAACUGGACUGCUGCUUUUUGUAGUAGAGUGCCAGUUCCUUGCCAGUCCUUUUCCGAAAUGUGCGACGCAGAUCUCGAUCUGAAGGAGGCCGGGAUCAGGCCCCGCUACGAGGAGCUGCUGUUUUACUCUGCUUGCGUUUGCCACUGUUGGUGUGUGUGUCUGUGUGUCUGUGUGUGUGUGAAAGACCGAGUGUGUAGGAGGGGAGCAGGAGGCAGAGGUGGAGGUGGAGGCAUGCGUAGCAGCAGCAGCUGGAGGUGUCAGCUGUCCCGGGCCAUGAGACUGGCUCUGCGCUGGUGCCGGCGGCGCCGCCCGCAGCGAGGGGCCCCCGGCGCCCGGCUCCUGGAGCUGUGGAGCUACGGCGCGCUGCUGCUCAAGUCGCUGUACUCCAACAGCCUCAGCGACGGCGACACGCUACUGGACUGCGCGUUCGAGCCCGUCUACUGGAUUGUGGACAACGUGACCCGGUGGUUCGGAGCGGUUUUUGUCUGUCUCGUCGUGCUGCUGACGACCUCGGUCGUGGUCAUCGUCUACCUUUUCGUCCUGCCCACAAUCAUCAGCACCUACCCUUCGUACUGGGUGGCCUGGCACCUGAGCUGUGGCCACUGGCUUCUCGUCAUGGUGGUCUUCCAUUACUACAAGGUUACCACCACCUCCCCGGGACACUCGCCCAAGGACAAAAUUCAUAUCCCCUCGGUGUCCAUCUGCAAGAAGUGCAUCACUCCGAAACCGCCCAGGACGCACCACUGCAGCAUCUGCAACACCUGUGUGCUGAAGAUGGACCAUCACUGCCCCUGGGUGAACAACUGCGUGGGCCACUUCAACCACCGCUACUUCUUCUGCUUUUGCCUGUACAUGACACUGGGCUGCUUCUACUGCAGCAUGAGCAGCAAAACCUUGUUUCUGGAGGCCUACGACGCGAUAGAGAGAUUCUAUCAGACCCCCGGCCCGACCGAAACCUUCCCCGAGACCACUGCUCAAAAGAGCAUCAUCUUCCUCUGGGUGCUGACCAGCACGGUGUGCGUGGCUCUCGGAGGACUCACCCUUUGGCACAUGAUAAUCAUCAGCAGAGGAGAGACCAGCGUGGAGCGUCACAUCAACAACAAAGAGACCAGGAGGCUGCGGGAGAAGGGCAAGGUUUUCAAAAACCCAUAUCACCAUGGUCCAAUGAACAACUGGAAGUUACUGUUGGGCGUGGAAAAGAGGAGCCACUGGUUCACGCGGGUCCUCUUGCCCUCCAGCCACCUUCCCGACGGGGACGGCAUCAUGUGGGACUUCUCCUUCGCCAGAAGCGACCCCAUGGCCAUCUGAGCCGAAUCUCAUAAACAACCGGUCUCCACCUACUCGGGAUUUCUACAUGGUGCUGCUGGACAGCACAGCUUUUGUUGUACAUCUCUUUAACUGACCGCCGUGCACCAACACUGCAGCCUCUUCUGAGUAGGCGGGUGUAAGGGGGGGUCGGAGGAAACACGGCACACUGUGAACUAGAACAUCUUAUUUCAGUUAAAGCAAAUAGGGCCUUGUGUGUUUUAAUGUGCCAGCAUCAAAGCGACGGCUCUUCGGGGCUCCUGCAGUGUGAGGUGUGUGCUGCCACGGACGACGCCCCCGGCCCGGACCAGCAGAAGAGCGGUAACUCAUUUAACCUUUCGGGAGAGGCGUCUCAGUCGGUUCGUUUUUGUGGUAGUUGGGAUUCAGGAGAGUCACGGACCACCACCUCCAGCAGGCGCACCGACUGCAGACGUCCACAGCGGCCCUGGGACGUGCUACGGUUUGUCGGCGACCAUACGGACUGUGAUCGGAAGACAGAUCCUAAUGGCCUGUGGGGUUGUGAGCUGAACACAUAUUUUUGUCCAGCGAUCUGUCAAUAAUCUGUCAUGUUUUAAGAUUCAGCACUUUGUCUGGUUGUGAAAUGAGGCUCUUUAAAUAAGUGAAUCGGGUUCUGUGAAACCUAAUAGCACAUUUUUAAAUCCCUUCAGAUCUUUGACUGCAACAUGUUCGUAUCAUGACGCUCGUGACGGAUGGGAUCUGUAAUUGCCAUUAAGCAUCACGUACAGCUGUGAUACCACAUGUAACCAAUGGGAGCUGAGCUCCAGUUUCAUUCACUGUCUUUUCAAUAAAAACCCUGUUUGAUAUUU